CAAUCGUCUUCAACAGAAAAAAAAACACACGCGGUUUAUCUUAUAAACUGAAUGUAUACAACACGGCUUGUUGUCAUUCAUCGCGAGACUUUAAUUAAUAUACACAUUAUUAUAUUUGUAAAGUAAAAGAAUAGUUUUGAAACCGUUUUAUUGGAUAUGACUGGGCUGAAUAUCGAAAAAUCACAUAGGGCUACUAGCCAUACCGAUUGGUCUCGACCGAAGACAAAGAUAGGCAGAAAUGAACUUCUGGAAAAACUUCUUGCAUUGUUGACAACCGAUGUUCAAGACCUAGCAAACUCUGUGUGGGAAACAUUAGAUAAUGAUAACGAUGUUUAUCAAAUAAAUACAACUGAGGUUGCCAAAUUGAAAAGAGAAAAUGAAGACCUUCGACGCGAAUUGGGUACGUCUCGAAAGAGUACGGACGAGUUAUUUGAAAUGAAGAAAAGAUAUGACGAUCUUGAAAAAAGGUUCAAAGAAUAUGACGAAAGGAGUACACAGCUGAAAAAUAUCGAGAAGAAAUAUGUGCAAUGCAAAUAAUCCAAAGAUGAGCUAAAGAAGUCAUUUGAUAAAGAGAAACUGCAAAUGCAACAAACCAUCAAAGAAUAAAAAAUUCAAAUCCAAGCUCUAGAGCAUGCAGAAAGCAAGAUUGGUACAGAUCGCCGAGAACGAUAUGAGUUCCGUACUACUGACACACAAGAAUCAGAGAGAUAUUCUACAUUGGAAAAACAGCUUAAAGACACCAGGGAGAAACUCAGAAAAACUGAAGAAGACCUAGAUGAGACUAAAACAAGACUAAACCAGUCAUUGAAAAAUAAACUGUUAGAAAAAAAUCCGAAUAUUGAUGAUUUAAGUGACAAAAACCGUCCGACGAAACUUGCAGAAGUAUAUCAGGAAAUUUACGAUAACGAAUGGACGGAAGCAUUCGAAAAGCUCGCCAAUAAGCAAGGUGAUGACGAGGAAGCAGUAAUUUCAACAUUAGUCAAAAUUCUUGUGGAAACAAAGUCCGUAUGUGAAAAAGAGGCAGAAAGGCAAAUGACAAAAAUACAACAGGCUAUAACACAGGACGACAGAAAAGUGAAUGCUAAAGUAAUUUCAAGUAUUAGCAAGCCAUUGAAGGAAUGCAGGAAAAAAGUGGCUGUUUAUUCCGCGAAACAAGUGUGUAAGAAACACUUUGAAGACCUGAGAUAUUCCACAUCAAUUGUCGCUCAAAAAGCCAGACUUGUGCCGAAAUAUUUCGAGGCGUGUUUCAACUUAUGCUGGCUAAUGGCAGUUCAAGACCCCCCUAUGUGCUUUGGUCCCGAUGUAAGGCAAGGAGAUGUUUUCGAUACGGAUUUAUACGAAGCAUACACGAAAAGUGGCAACACUGUUGCGUAUGUUGUUUGGCCUGCUCUUUUACUGCAUAAAGGAGGUGCAGUUCUUUACAAAGGAGUUGCUCAAGGAAAAGAAGAUCAUUCGCAGCGAACAAAAUGCGCACCGAACCUGUAUGAAAGACAUCUCAAUUCAGAUGAAACGGAUGACUUAUUUUCUAGCCCAGACCGAAACCACAAGGUGUAUAAAGAUGAUAAGACAUCAUAUGAUAUUGAUAGACUAUACUCAACAAAAGCAACAGAUCAUCAUAGAAUUUCCGGAACAGACAACGACUACGACUGGAGAAUUGAUAACAGCCCACCGCAUGGACAUGACACAUCUGAUUAUUCUCUAAGCGAUCUGAAUAAUGCAAGUCAAUAUAAAACAUAUACGCAGGGUUAUGAUAAGUACAAGCAACCGUACAAUGACUAUCAGGCGAGCAUUAGUCAUCACGAGACUAAAGUAAGGCCUGGAACGUCAUCACGUUAUCGUAGUAAAACUGUUUACACACAGAAAACAGUAACACCCCGGUAUGCUUGGAGAUAAAGAGAUGUCGAUAUGUAUAAUAUUUAAUUUCAAAUUAAAGGUUCAAACUUUAUUAACUGUAUGUCACUUAAUGACCAUCCAUGAAGAAAAUUGAAUGUCAACUAUAAAUAAGAUUAGUAAAACAUAUGUGUUGUACUUAUCAUUAUUUGUUUCUUUUAAGUGACUAUGUUGAAUAUAGAAAUAGAUAUUUAUUUAACAACAGAAAAUUUGAAUUAAAAAGUUGCUUUUAAUAACAAAUAUGUAUUUUACUACUAAAAUUUUACUAUUAAGUAGCCUUCAUUUUUUUAUUAUUUUAGAUUAUAUUAACAUAUAUGUUAUAUACGGAAUACUUAUACACAUGUCUGUAUUGGUCUUCUAUCUGCUGUAGUAUGUUUACUUUUGUCUGUAUCGGCGUCCGUGGUCGAGUGUUUAAGGCCGUUUACGUCGAACCACUUGCUCCUCACCGCUGUAGACUCAAAUCCCGACAACGAGUUUGGAUUUGUUCAUGUGAGAAAUCUAUAUAGCUGCCGCACGGUUCAUAGAUGGUCUCUGCAAAAUUUGAUGAAUAUACUUUAAACAGAAUCAUAGUUGUUAUUGUAUUAUGUAUUAUAAUAAGAAAUGAUAAACACAAUGCAGUAAAAUCUAUUUAAUUACUUGAAGUGUUUUAUAUGAGUGCAUUGAUUCGGUGAGAAAUAAAAAA